AUGCUGUCUCGAAAUUCUUCAAGAGCGGCCCAGCGCUUGCUGCGGGCAGCCUCCUCACACCAGCAGCCGCUCUCCUUCCAGGUUGCCCGGUCCUUCGCCACGGUCCAGUCAGACAUCUUCAAGCCCGCCAAGUAUGGCGGCAAGUACACAGUCACCCUGAUCCCCGGUGAUGGUAUCGGUGCCGAGGUCGCCGACUCCGUCAAGACCAUCUUCAAGGCCGACAACGUGCCCAUUGAGUGGGAGCAGAUUGAGGUUUCGGGUCUGGACGAGGGCAAGCCCACCGGCCGCACUGAGGAUCUGUUCAAGGAGUCAGUCGCCUCUCUGCGCCGCAACAAGCUCGGUCUGAAGGGUAUCCUGCACACGCCCAUCUCCCGAUCCGGCCACCAGUCCUUCAACGUCGCCAUGCGCCAGGAGCUCGACAUCUACGCCUCUAUCGUUCUGAUCAAGAACAUUCCCGGCUACGAGACCCGCCACAACAACGUCGACUUGUGCAUCAUCCGUGAGAACACAGAGGGCGAGUACUCCGGCCUCGAGCACCAGUCCGUCCCCGGCGUCGUCGAGUCGCUCAAGAUCAUCACCCGCGCCAAGUCCGAGCGCAUCGCCAAGUUCGCCUUCAGCUUCGCUCUCGCCAACAACCGCAAGAAGGUCACCUGCAUCCACAAGGCCAACAUCAUGAAGCUGGCCGACGGUCUGUUCCGCAACACCUUCCACGCCACCGCCGCCGAGUACCCCACCCUCGAGGCCAACGACAUGAUUGUCGACAACGCCAGCAUGCAGUGCGUCAGCCGGCCGCAGCAGUUUGAUGUCAUGGUCAUGCCCAACCUGUACGGCGGCAUCCUGUCCAACAUCGGCGCCGCGCUAGUCGGCGGCCCGGGCAUCGUCCCCGGCUGCAACAUGGGCCGCGACGUGGCCGUCUUCGAGCCCGGCUGCCGCCACGUCGGCCUCGACAUCAAGGGCAAGGACCAGGCCAACCCCACCGCCCUCAUCCUCAGCGGCUCCAUGCUGCUGCGCCACCUCGGCCUCGACGACCACGCCAACCGCAUCUCCAAGGCCGUCUACUCCGUCAUCGCCGAUGGCAAGGUCCGCACCCGCGACAUGGGCGGCGACUCCACCACCAACCAGUUCACCAAGGCAAUCCUCGACAAGAUGGAGACUCUAUAA